CCCCCCCCCCCCCAAUAAUCCAACAUGGAGUCCCAAAACCAGACCAUCAGCGCAGAUGAAAUCGCAUUAUACGACCGUCAGAUUCGUCUCUGGGGCGUUAAAGCCCAGGAAAAACUCCGAUCCGCGAACAUCCUCCUGAUCACUUUCAAAGCGCUGGCGAAUGAAGUGGCCAAGAACCUUGUUUUGGCUGGAAUUGGCAGUUUGACCAUUAUCGACGAUGCGGUUGUCACAGAGGAAGACCUUGGUGCGCAGUUCUUCGUGACACAGGAAUCUCUAGGCCAGAAUCGUGCGCAAGCUGCCGCGCCUGCGAUCAGGGCUAUGAACCCCCGGGUUCAGCUCCAUGUUGAUUCAGAGAACGUUCGAUCCAAACCGCCAGAAUUCUUUGCCCAGUUCGAUGUUACGAUCGCGACUGAGCUGGACUUCACCAUGUACAAUACUAUAAAUGCUGCGUGUCGCAUAGCCGGACGUUCUUUCUAUGCAGCUGGCCUGCAUGGAUUCUACGGGUUUGUUUUUGCAGAUCUCAUCCAACAUGAUUUUGUGAUCGAGCGAUCCAAGUCAAACGUCACAUCAGCAGGGCAGGAAACGCCCACGCGCACAAUUCUUAAUGUUACCACUAAGAAGGAAAACGAUAAAGUCAUUGAGAUGGUCACCAAGCGCGAGAUAUACUCUCCUCUGAUACUCGCAAAUACCUCACCUCUACCGGAAGAUUUCACCCGUCUCCCUCGACGCAGAAAGCAAGUGACUCCGCUCUUAACCUGUCUUCGGGCUCUUUGGGAGUUCCAAAAGAUCAGUGGAGGUGCACUACCUACCUUCUCCCGCCAGGAUCUGGAGCUCUUCACUAAGAUAGCUCGCGAAGUCCACCAGGAACUGAAACUAGACAUUGUAACCCUCGACUCUGAAUUCCUGCGCACAUUCUUACAAAACCUGGGAAGUGAACUAAGCCCUGUGGCUGCUUUCCUUGGUGGAGCUCUAGCCCAGGAUGUGAUCAAUGUGUUAAGCUCUCGUGAGCACCCACUCCAGAACCUCCUGCUCUUUGACGGCGAGAAAUCAGUCGCUCCCAUUUACCCUCUGCAUCCAUUCUUUCCCGCAGACGUGGGAAACGCAAUGCCUGCCAUGACUCCUGUGGCGAACGCGAUUCCCUUGAACGGCAACUCUACCCUUCCGCCUUUAUAAACGAGUCAUGCAGAGACCAGAGACUACAGCUUGAAUGCCGCAGGCGCGAAAACAAGAGCCAAUAAUUACAGAACGAUAGAAAGGGGGGGACCCACAACAGAAAAGGGAUCGCAGCAAUGGCUUGGAAUAGGGUUAAUGGAUAGACGACAUGUCAGCUUUGCUUGUUUUCCUUCCUUUCCUUUCCUUUCCUCAUUUACACACUCUUUUUUUUUUUUUUUUUUUU